CUGUAUACCGGACUGCAACAUGAACCCAAUCUUGCUUUUUCAAACGCCGGGGUACAGUCUCAAAUUCCUAUUACCGGGGCAGCCGUUAUUAUUAUGAUUAUUAUUAUUAGUAGUAUUAGUAUUAUAGUCAGCGACUGCCUGUAUUCAUAUCAUUGAUGUCGUUAGUCUGUACCGUGCAGUUUUCGUUGGCUGGACUUGGUAUUUUUUGAUUUGUUUUCAUAGUCUGCUACAGUAUGUGUUUGACAAACGGCAGCUGAAGAAGUACCUAAAUCACAGAUGGACCGGAAUUAUGUUCAAAGCGCCAUGGACCCCUCGGUCACGCUGUGGCAGUUCCUGCUGCACCUGCUGGAGGACCCCGACCGGCAGCACCUGAUCACGUGGACCUCCUCCGACGGGGAGUUCAAGCUGCUGGAGGCCGAGGAGGUGGCCCGACUGUGGGGACUGCGCAAGAACAAGACGAACAUGAACUACGACAAGCUGAGCCGGGCGCUGCGCUACUACUAUGACAAGAAAAUCCUUAAGAAGGUAAGCGGGCAGAAAUUCGUCUACAAGUUCGUGACCUAUCCGGACCCCGUUGCCUUGGAGACCAUGAAAGAGGAGGUGAAUCAGCGAGAGAACCCGCUGGACGUCCAGAAGCUGCCUGGCAGCGUGGGGGCGGCAGUGGGAGAGGGUUUGGAGGGGGGGGACGGUCCACUGUGCCCAUCCAAGAUCCUUCACCUUCAGAGAGGCCCUGGUGGCACCAACGCCACACCAAAGAGCAACCGGAACGACUACAUGAGAUCAGGGCUCUACUCCACCUUCACCAUCCAGUCCCUGCAGCCAGCCAGCAAGCCAGCCAGGACCAUCAAAACUGAGAGCCCUCAGCCCCGCGAACACACGCCCCCUAUCCCCAAAGAAGGCAUCCAGCAUCUACCAGAGGUGCGGAUCCACCCGCUGGGGUCCCCCGGUGGUCUGGAGUCAAGACCCCUGGAUGAACCCUUGACCCUGCAGGUGAUCGUGACUCAGCCCUCCCCCUCGUCCACCCCCUCGCUCAGCCCCCAAGCCCAGCUGAAGAUCACCCCGGAAUCUCAUCCACAGAAGGAUCCCUGUGUCUCCGAUCCCUCCUCCAAGCUGCAGCCUCCGGGGGAGUGUGUGGACAUCUCGCAGCGACACCAGAUCGCCGUGGUGAUCCAGCCCUCUCUCCCAGACACCGGAGAGGGGAGCCAGCCAUCAGGAGACUGCAUCCUGGAGAUCGUGCCUGUGGAGCAGUCCGAGAUCCCAUCUGAAACAGCAGCUAAGGACGCAGGACUGCACACACUGACAGGGGAGGUGCCUGAAAACACACCCGACAAGGGUGAGCCGAGAGUGGGGCAAACCGAGGAGGAGGAGAAGGGAGAACCAGGAGGAGUCCCCAGCAAGUCACCGGCCGCUGCUGCCCCAGCCGCCAGCCCUGAAGUCCAGCCUCCCAAAGCCAAGAAGCCGAAAGGUCUGGAGCUGCCCUCCUCGCCCACGCUGCUGCCCUGCGGACUCACUCAGGACAAGGUCAACGCAGCGGUCAGCAGCCUCCUGGCGGCGGGCAGUGCUGCCAACACGCUCACCCCCACGGUCAUCACCUCUCAUGCACUGACCCCAGUGUUGCUGACCCCCAGCCCCCUCCCUUCGGCUAUCCACUUCUGGAGCACGCUCAGUCCCAUCGCGCCACGCAGCCCAGCCAAGCUCUCAUUCCAGUUCCCCACCAAUGGAAGCAACCAGAUCCAAGCCCCUCCCCUCAGCGUGGACGGUCUCUCCACGCCUGUGGUCCUCUCCCCGGGUCUUCAAAAACCGUGACUCACCCCGUGGAGACUGAACCUUUCAACGCUCCUCAGAUCCUGUCUUGGGGUCGGGAACGCUGAAGAUUGUGGCAAGAGGUUUUUGUGGAUUUCUAAAUGGAACUCGCGAGGAAACCAGCGGGACGCAACCGUGGCAAACAUCCGUGGCUCUUAAGCUGUUUUUCUCAGUGGUGUUUGUGUCUACCAAAGCGACAGCCUAGGGAUAUGAUGGACAAUGAAAGACAGAGUACUUUUGACUUUUGAAUGUACCUUUUUGAAGAUUUUUUCUGUUUUUUUCAAAGGCCACAGUUUAAAAGCGUGGCUGCCUGGUCUUUUUAAAUGGCCUAUCGGUUUUUAAUUAUAUAUUUAUUUUUCAGAAAGGAGGGACCUUUACUUUUUCUAGGGGGGGGGGGAGGAUAUGGUUUGGCGAUCCGGAGGAACUUCUCUUUGGAAAGGAUUUUAGUUACGGUAAUCUGCUGGUUACAUUUUGACGUGUUUUUUUGACGGACGUUUCUUAAAUUUCUUAACUGUUUUUUUUUUAUGAAAAAAAAAGAGAAAAAGUACGUUUCAAAUUUCUGCUUCCCAAUUCUGGGAUUUUUUCAGUUUUUUCCAGUGUGGAAAUUCAGAAAAAAAAAUAUCUUGGAAUUCUUGAACCAAGGAAUCCAGCGAGAGAAUAUGUUUACACGUGGGGGAAAAAAACAGUUUUUAAAUUCUUCUGUUGCCAACAGAGUUUGUUUCAUUUGAAUUUUGACUAGACUGACAAAACAGAGUUCCUAAAUAUCUUUGGUAUAAUACAGCAUCUAGCAAAAUGUUUUAAUCGUACUGUAAAUGUUGCUAAAGACCAGGAUAAUGCAGUUUCACCGUGGAAGGUCUAACGGGAACAUUAUUUUUUUUAAAGAGGGAUAUUUGAAUCACUGUUUUGGGUUGAUUUAUUAAGACAAGACUGCAUGUCUAGCAGUAUGGGGGGGCGGAGAUGACGGGAGAUUUUGGAACACCUGUAUAUAGCAAAUCUGUAUUGAAAUUAAUGACAAGAUCCCGCCCGCGAUUUGGAAACUCUCUUCCAGAAUCCAGCAGGACUUGAUAAAGUCUUGUCUUGAUUAGAAUCAAUAUCAUGCAGUUUGUCUUUUUUAAUUUAUGAUCAAGUAGGUUGCGUUGUCAUUAUACACUGUUGAAUGCCUACAGUUAUGGAUCUGAAUCAGCGGAAGCAUUUUGCUUUAGCUGGAUUGAACACAAACCUGUAUCCCAAUCCAUUCGCGUUCCCGCACUGCACUUAUCUUUUUUUUCCUCUUGCCAAAGUGAUGUAAGAGGGUCGUUUAUUGUUCCCUGGAAAUUGAGAGUUUUUAUAUUAGUACUGACAGCCCCCUGAGGGUGUUUAAGCGUUUUUUUUUUAUAUUGUUGCAAUUUCCAGUACACCUGUCCUGGUUUGCACACGUUACAGGUGAACGCACUCAAAGGAAAAGGAUUUUACUGUCGUUGAAAUAAAACGUGUCUUUUGUCUUUGAUAGCAUUUCCACCGCUCUC